CAUGAUCCUGCAGAGCAGCAAUAGCCUGAUAUGACAGUGAUGAGGGGACACAAGUAGGAGCAGUAAUAUAUUUGGGUUGAGCAGAGACAAGUGGUGAGAGAGCGCGGACAAUGCGAGGAGUCUCCCUCAGUAGUUGACAAAUGAGAUGAGAGAGACAAGUGCUGCUUCCCUCCCGCCACUGACUGAUGCUUUAUUUAUCGGUGCGUCAGAAGGAGCCGGGCGCAGCUGUACCGCAGUGAGUGACGCAGUGAGUCGGACCGACGGAUAGAGACAGAGCAGAGGCGCUACUGUGGCUUCCCCGCACUCCGGGCGCCGGGGAUAUUGUUGUGGAGGAGGCGCUAGUAAAUGCAGCUUGUCUGUUCCCAGCCCCCAGUGGAAUAGGACUGAGGCGGCAGCUACAGAAAGCUCCAAGCAAUUCGCACAAACCAUUCUGAGCAGAGCAGCCUGAAUUCACCCCGUCCUCUUCUCAAUCAGGCGCUCGACAAAGAGGGGUCCGCACUCUUCACCCCCCUCCGUGCCCGGCAAUGGUAGAGGCUGCCCCAUUGAGAGUCUGCAGUGAGGGAGAACCAAUUUCCCAGGCAGAAGGAGGAGCGGAGGACGAGCAUCUCAUGCCUUUUUAAUGAAGUGUCUACCUACCAGGAAGGGGAGAAGCCGUUGUUCAGACUUCAUUUCCUCCGCCGAGCAGCCGCUGCCAGUGUGUGAGCCUCUUACCUGCCCGUCUCUACCUCCCCCCCCGCCUCUAUACAAGACAUGGCCAGCCAGCAGGACUCGGGCUUCUUUGAGAUCAGCAUCAAAUAUUUACUGAAAUCCUGGAGCAAUAACACUUCUCCAGUGGACGGAUACAUCAAGCCAACAGUCCAACCAGUUUCCAGCACACAGAGGGAAAAGGGGCCUCCCACGAUGUUGCCCAUUAAUAUCGACCCCGAGAGCAAGCCUGGGGAAUAUAUACUCAAGAGUUUGUUUGCUAAUUUCACUACCCAAGCAGAAAGGAAAAUCCGUAUCAUUAUGGCAGAGCCCCUGGAAAAACCAUUAACAAAAUCACUUCAGAGAGGAGAGGACCCACAAUUUGACCAAGUAAUAAGUUCUAUGAGCUCACUCUCAGAAUAUUGCUUGCCGUCCAUACUGCGCACCUUGUUUGACUGGUACAAACGACAGAAUGGAAUUGAAGACGAGUCCCAUGAAUACAGGCCUAGGACAAACACCAAAUCCAAAAGUGAUGAACAACAGAAAGAUUACUUGAUGGAGCGAAGAGAUCUGGCCAUUGAUUUUAUUUUUUCAUUAGUCCUAAUUGAAGUAUUAAAACAGAUACCAUUGCAUCCGGUAAUCGACAGCUUGGUCCAUGAAGUCAUUACAUUGGCAUUCAAGCACUUUAAAUAUAAAGAAGGGUACCUUGGUCCAAACACUGGAAAUAUGCACAUAGUAGCAGACCUGUAUGCUGAAGUAAUCGGAGUGUUGGCACAGUCAAAAUUCCCUUCUGUAAAGAAGAAAUUUAUGGCAGAGCUGAAAGAGUUGCGGCACAAAGAGCAGAACCCUUAUGUUGUUCAAAGUGUAAUAAGCCUAAUAAUGGGCAUGAAAUUUUUCCGCAUCAAGAUGUAUCCAGUAGAAGACUUUGAAGCUUCUCUUCAGUUUAUGCAGGAAUGCGCCCAUUACUUCUUAGAAGUGAAGGACAAAGAUAUCAAGCAUGCCUUGGCGGGACUAUUUGUAGAAAUCCUUGUACCAGUGGCAGCGGCAGUCAAAAAUGAAGUGAAUGUUCCGUGUCUUAGAAACUUUGUGGAGAGUCUGUACGACACAACUCUGGAACUGACAUCGCGAAAGAAGCAUUCACUGGCCCUGUACCCUUUGGUGACAUGUCUGCUUUGUGUCAGCCAGAAACAAUUUUUUCUAAACAGAUGGCAUAUUUUUCUCAACAACUGCUUGUCAAACCUCAAGAAUAAGGACCCCAAAAUGGCUCGGGUUGCACUGGAAUCCUUGUACAGGCUGCUCUGGGUGUACAUGAUUCGAAUAAAAUGUGAAAGCAAUACUGCUACGCAGAGCCGCCUCACCACCAUUGUUGGAACCUUGUUCCCUAAAGGUCCCCGUGGUGUAGUACCACGAGAUAUGCCCCUUAAUAUCUUUGUAAAGAUAAUACAGUUUAUUGCACAGGUAAAGUUGGAUUUUGCCAUGAAGGAAAUCAUCUUUGACCUCUUAUGUGUUGGAAAAGCAGCAAAAGCGUUCAGUCUGAAUCCAGAGAGAAUGAACAUAGGCUUAAGAGCUUUCUUGGUGAUUGCUGAUAGUUUGCAGCAGAAAGAUGGCGAACCCCCUAUGCCUGUCACUGGAGCCAUUCAUCCUUCUGGCAACACGUUGCGUGUGAAGAAAACCUACUUAAGCAAGACACUCACGGAAGAGGAGGCCAAAAUGAUUGGAAUGUCUUUAUAUUACUCUCAAGUCAGAAAGGCAGUAGACAACAUCCUGAGGCACCUAGACAAAGAAGUAGGGAGAUGUAUGAUGAUGACUAACGUGCAGAUGUUAAACAAGGAGCCUGAAGACAUGAUUACGGGAGAGAGGAAGCCAAAAAUUGACCUCUUCAGAACAUGCGUUGCUGCUAUUCCUCGCCUGCUUCCAGAUGGGAUGUCAAAACUGGAGUUAAUUGACUUGCUCUCAAGAUUAUCCAUCCACAUGGAUGAUGAACUGCGGCACAUUGCACAGAACUCUCUUCAGGGUCUCCUUGUUGACUUUGUCGAUUGGAGGGAAGAUGUGUUGUUUGGUUUCAUUAACUUUCUGCUACGGGAGGUGAAUGAUACGCACCAGACGCUUCUGGAUACAUCUCUAAAACUGCUGCUGCAGUUACUCACCCAAUGGAAAAUAGUCAUACAGACACUGGGAAACUCUCACGAACAAGCUAAACUUAGGACGUCGGAGUUGAUACCAAAUGGCUCCAGCCAUAGGAUACAGUCUGAACGGGGGCCUUAUUCCAAUGUUUUGCACGCAGUGGAAGGUUUUGCACUAUUGCUACUAUGUAGUUUUCAGAUGGCUACUCGGAAAGUUGCUGUUUUAAUUCUCAAAGAAGUACGGGCUUUGUUUCUUGCACUUGGACAAGCAGAGGAAGAUGAUAAACCUAUGGUUGAUGUUUUGGAUCAGCUUAGUCCCUCCAUACUUGAAAGCUUUCUUCAUGUUGCAGUAUCUGAUUCUGCAACUCUGCCAUUUAAUCACAAUGUUGACCUGCAGUGGCUGGUGGAGUGGAAUGCCGUUUUAGUAAACAGCCAUUAUGAUGUUAGGAGCCCUUCCCAUGUAUGGAUAUUUGCACAGUCUGUAAAAGAUCCAUGGGUUCUCUGCCUGUUCACAUUCCUGCGGCAGGAGAACUUACCAAAGCACUGCCCUACAGCACUUAGCUAUGCCUGGCCAUAUGCAUUCACAAGACUUCAGCUUCUCAUGCCGUUAGUGGAUCCAAAUAGCCCAAUUAAUGCGAAGAAAACAAGCACUGCAGGCAGUGGAGAUAACUAUGUGACUCUGUGGCGGAAUUAUCUCAUCCUUUGCUUUGGGGUAGCAAAACCCAGCAUCAUGAGUCCUGGCCACUUAAGGGCUUCUACACCGGAGAUUAUGGCCACCACUCCAGAUGGGUCGAUCAGCUACGACAACAAGGUUAUAGGAACACCUUCAGUUGGAGUCCUGCUGAAGCAGCUUGUGCCUCUGAUGAGACUUGAGAGUAUCGAAAUUACUGAAUCGCUUGUAUUGGGGUUUGGAAGAACCAAUGCUCUCGUUUUCAGGGAAUUAGUGGAAGAACUUCAUCCGCUUAUGAAGGAAGCCUUGGAAAGAAGACCUGAGAAUAAGAAGCGCAGAGAGCGCAGAGACCUGCUUAGGUUGCAGUUGUUACGGAUAUUCGAGUUACUUGCUGAUGCCGGUGUGAUAAGUGACAAUACUAAUGGCGCCUUGGAAAGGGACACCUUGGCCCUUGGAGCAUUAUUUCUGGAAUAUGUAGACCUUACCAGGAUGCUUCUUGAGGCUGAAAAUGACAAGGACGUGGAAAUUCUCAAAGACAUACGAGCACAUUUCAGUGCAAUGGUUGCCAAUCUUAUUCAGUGUGUCCCAGUGCACCACAGGAGGUUUCUCUUCCCGCAGCAGAGCCUGAGACACCAUCUCUUCAUCUUGUUCAGCCAAUGGGCUGGACCUUUCAGCAUUAUGUUUACCCCUCUGGAUCGUUACAGUGAUAGGAACCAUCAGAUAACAAGAUAUCAGUAUUGUGCUCUAAAGGCAAUGUCAGCUGUCCUUUGCUGUGGCCCAGUUUUUGAUAAUGUUGGGCUUUCCCCAGAUGGCUACCUUUACAAAUGGCUUGACAAUAUUCUGGCAUGUCAGGACUUGAGGGUUCAUCAGCUCGGCUGUGAAGUGGUGGUGUUGCUGCUGGAACUUAAUCCUGACCAAGUUAAUCUCUUUAACUGGGCCAUUGACCGCUGCUACACAGGAUCCUACCAGCUUGCCUCUGGCUGCUUUAAAGCUAUUGCAACUGUUUGUGGAAACAGAAAUUAUCCUUUUGACAUUGUGACUCUCUUGAACCUGGUACUUUUUAAGGCAUCAGACACCAACCGUGAGAUGUAUGAAAUCUCUGUGCAGCUGAUGCAAGUACUUGAAUGCAAACUUUUUGUGUACUCCAAGAAAAUAGCUGAGCAGAAGCCUGGGAGCAUUUUGUAUGGUACACAUGGCCUGCUCCCUCCCUUGUACAGUGUGUCAGUAGUUCUGCUUUCCAAAGAAUUGGCCCGGAUGUACCCAGAACUUACACUGCCUUUGUUCUCAGAAGUGAGCCAGAGGUUUCCUACAACUCACCCUAAUGGGCGGCAGAUCAUGCUCACCUAUUUGCUUCCUUGGCUUCAUAAUAUUGAACUUGUGGACAGCAGACUUCUCCUUCCAGACUCAAGUCCCAGCACCCCGGAGGAAGAACUCGGUGACAGGGAUAGAGAUGUGAUCGUAUUGUGCGGGCUGAAAGGGAAUGGUUGGGGAUCGCCAGAGGCAACCUCACUGGUGCUUAAUAAUCUAAUGUACAUGACUGCAAAGUAUGGAGAUGAAGUCCCUGGACAGGAGGUGGAAAAUGCUUGGAAUGCCUUGGCUAACAAUGAGAAAUGGAGCAACAAUCUAAGGAUAGCAUUACAGUUCCUAAUAAGUCUGUGCGGAGUCAGCAGCGAUACCACCCUUUUGCCUUAUAUCAAAAAAGUGGCAAUCUACCUCUGCCGUAAUAACACCAUCCAGACAAUGGAGGAACUACUCUUUGAGCUGCAGCAGACUGACCCUGUGAACCCAAUAGUUCAGCAUUGUGAUAACCCUCCAUUCUAUCGCUUUGCAGCCAGCAACAAGGCCUCCGCAGCUCCUUCUGGAACCACAUCGAGCAGUAACACUGUUGUGGCGGGCCAAGAUGGUUUCCCUGAUGAAGACAGCAGAAUACUAAAAGAGACAGAUGAUAGGUUUAGCAAUGUUAUCAAAGCUCACACAAGGCUGGAAUCCAGAUACAGUAACAGCUCAGGUGGAUCCUAUGAUGACGAAAAAAAUGACCCAGUCUCUCCUUAUAUCAGCUGGAUGUUGAAUAUUGUGGAAACUAAGCAGCCACAGCCUCUACCUAUGCCUUGCAACGGUGGCUGUUGGGCUCCUCUUGUUGACUAUCUGCCAGAAACUAUUUCUCCUAGAGCUCCUUUGCAUCGGUGUAACAUUGCUGUCAUAUUCAUGACGGAGAUGGUGGUGGAUCACAGUGUGAGAGAAGACUGGGCACUUCACUUGCCUUUACUGCUCCAUGCACUCUUCUUAGGUCUUGACCAUUACCGACCAGAGGUGUUUGAACACAGCAGAAGGCUCCUUCUCCAUCUUUUAAUUGCCCUCUCUUGCAAUAGCAACUUCUCUUCUGUUGCCUCACUUCUCCUUCAGGCCAGAGAGGUGAACGAAGCCAAAACACUCACCAUUCAAUCUUCCUGCCAGUCAGAAUUUACUUAUACAGGUGGCUAUGACUUUCUGCGGGAGUAUCAGUCUUCUCCUGUGCCAGACUCCGGUCUGAGCUCCAGCUCAACCUCCUCCAGUAUCAGUCUGGGGGGAAGCAGCGGAAACCUCCCCCAGAUCACUCAGGAGCUUGAUAAUGUGGACACAUCAGCAGAGACAGAUGAAAAGGCCAGAAAGCUCAUUGAGUUCCUGACCACCAGAGCUUUUGGGCCACUUUGGUGCCAUGAAGAUAUCACGCCUAAGAAUCAGAAUUCCAGGAGUGCCGACCAGCUGACCAAUUUCCUGCGUCACGUUGUGUCUGUAUAUAAAGAUUCCAAGUCAGGCUUCCAUUUGGAACAGCACCUGAGUGAAGUGGCCCUACAGACAGCCCUUGCUAGCUCCUCUAGACAUUACGCGGGACGCUCUUUCCAGAUUCUUAGGGCCCUUAAGCAGCCUCUGUCUGCCCACGCCUUAUCUGACCUUCUCUCCAGAUUGGUGGAGGUUAUAGGAGAAUAUGGUGAUGAAAUACAGGGUUAUGUAAUGGAAGUGCUCUUGACAUUGGAAGCGGCAGUCGAUAAUUUAGCUGACUGCUUGAAGAAUAGUGACCUCUUGGCUGUGCUAUCCCGAUCAUCGUCUCCAGACUUGAACUCGAGCAGCAAAUUUACUGCAAACCGAAAAAGUACUGGCCAACUAAAUGUAAAUACUGGGAUGGUAGGUGGCAGCACAGCAACGACUGAACGCAGUAGGCACCAGAGAAGCUUCUCUGUUCCUAAAAAGUUUGGGGCAGGUGACAAAUCUUCUGAUCCUCCACGAAGUGCCACCUUAGACCGAAUUCAGGCUUGUACUCAGCAGGGGUUCUCUCCUAAAACCAGAAGCAGCUCAUCUCUCAAAGACAGUCUCUCGGAUCCAUCUCACAUAAACAACCCUACCAAUUUGUUGGCCACCAUAUUCUGGGUUGCUGUUGCCUUAAUGGAGUCUGAUUUUGAAUUUGAGUACUUGAUGGCACUGAGGCUUCUCAACAAACUUUUGUCUCAUUUGCCUUUGUACAAAUCCGAGAACAGGGAAAAGCUUGAGAAACUGCAAGCGCAACUCAAGUGGACAGACUUUUCUGGACUGCAGCAGCUCUUGCUUAAAGGAUUCACUUCUCUCACGACAACUGAAUUGACCCUCCACCUGUUCAGUAUGCUGACUCCAGUGUCCCGAGUAUCCAUGGUGGAUUCAUCACAAGUCAUAGGGUUCCCCCUGAAUAUCUUGUGUUUGUUACCUCAUUUGAUUCAUCACUUCGAUAAUCCGAAUCCCUUCUGUAAGGAAAUAGCUGAGCGAAUUGCACAGGUUUGCCUGGAGGAGAAAAAUGCAAAGCUCUCGAACCUGGCACAUGUGAUGACUCUUUAUAAAACUCACAGUUACACAAGGGACUGUGCUACGUGGGUGAACGUGGUGUGCCGUUACCUGCAUGAAGCCUUCGCUGGCAUCACCAUUAAUAUGGUGACCUACUUAGCUGAGCUCUUAGAAAAGGGCCUCCCUAGCAUGCAGCAGUCUCUUCUGCAAAUCAUCUACAGUCUUCUAAACCACAUGGACAUGUCCCUCAUUCCUGGCAAGCAGUUCAACAUGGAAGUGCUAAAGACUAUUGAAAAACACGUACAGAGUGUUCACUGGAAGGAAGCCCUGAACAUCUUAAAGCUGGUUGUGUCUCGCUCUGCAAGCCUAGUGUUACCUGCCUAUCAGCAUGGCGAUUUGACAAAGCUCGAAAUCAGUCGUCUUUGGACAAGUUCCUCGAAAGCGCUCCCGGGGAAAACUCUGGAUUUUCAUUUUGAUGUCUCCCAGACCCCUAUCAUUGGCAGACGGUUUGAUGACUUACAAAGCUCUGCUGGGCGUGACGGUAAAGGCAGAGCAUUGCCUGUCACUCGGAGCACUUCUUCCACCUCCUCUGGCUCCAAUUCCAAUGCUUUGGUACCUGUCAGUUGGAAAAGACCUCAGACUUCUCAGAAGAAGACGAGGGAGAAGUUGGUGAAUGUCCUUACGCUGUGUGGCCAAGAGGUUGGGCUCAGCAAAAACCCUUCUGUCAUUUUCUCUUCAUGCGGUGAUUUGGAUUUAAUCGAGCACCAGACCAGCCUGGUAUCCUCUGAAGAUACCAUCAGAGAGCAAGAUAUCAUGGACGACACAAACAGCGAGCAGCAGUUCAGGGUCUUCAGGGACUUCGACUUCCUGGAUGUGGAAUUAGAGGAUGGAGAGGAACUUCAGGGGGAAAGCAUGGACAAUUUCAACUGGGGAGUACGUAGGCGUUCCCUUGACAGUCUGGAUAAGUGUGAUAUGCAGCUCCUGGAGGAGAGUCAGCUCUCGGGAAGCACGCACAGUCUGAGCAAACUCAACCAUGACGACACAGAUGAAUCAUCAGAAGAGGAAGAUCUCACCACUAGCCAGAUCCUGGAGCCCUCUGACUUAAUUAUAAGCCUCUCACCUUCUGAUGAGACAAAUCACAUGGAGUCCCCCUCCACAUCAUGUGACACAACUUCUGCUGACCCCCAUUCUCUUAACACAAGAACUUCUAGUUUCGAUGCCUCUUUGCCUGAAAUAACUAAUCCACUCUUGUCUGAAGAUUCUAAGCCGGAUGCUGCUCUUGAUGAGGACGAUGCGACUGUACAAGAGGAUGACCUCUCUGGCUCAAUGAGUGAAAUUCCUGCAGCUUUUGAGUGUCAUGAGAGCUUUAGCCUUGAGAUGACUGAAGAGGAAAAAGAGGACAGGCUGCUGGAGCCAUACUCUCUAACUAAUUUUGGUGAGAAUGACCAGAUAACACCGCCGCCUCCUUCUCCUUUCUUCACUGCCAUUUUGGCUGCAUUCCAACCAACUUCAUGCGAUGAUGCAGAGGAAGCCUGGCGCAGUCACAUCAACCAGCUCAUGUCUGACUCUGAUGGAUCCUGUGCAGUUUACACCUUCCAUGUGUUUUCCUCCCUGUUUAAGAGUAUCCAGAAAAGAUUUUGUUUCCUGACCUGCGAUGCCGCUUGUUACCUUGGAGACAGUCUGCGUGGCAUCGGGUCAAAGUUUGUAAGCACCUCGCAGAUGUUAACCCUGUGCUCGGAGUGCCCCACUCUUUUUGUGGAUGCUGAAACACUAAUGUCCUGCGGCCUGCUGGAAAAGUUAAAGUUCAGUGUAUUGGAGCUGCAGGAAUAUUUGGACACCUACAAUAACAGAAAGGAAGCCACUGUCUCUUGGCUAAAAAACUGUAAGUCAACAUUUGCGGGGGGCUCGAAAGAUGGAGUCAUCACCUGUCAGCCUGGAGACUCGGAAGAAAAACAAAUGGAAUCUCUUGCACAACUGGAACUGUGUCAACGUCUGUACAAGCUUCACUUCCAGCUCCUUCUGCUUUUUCAGUCUUAUUGUAAACUAAUUGGGCAAGUUCACGAAGUCAGCUCCAUGCCAGAGUUGUUAAAUAUGUCAAAAGAACUGAAUGAACUGAAGAAGAAUCUCAAGGAGGCAACUGUAUUCCUUGCCAAUGACCCUCUCAGCGUGGACACUGCAACCUGUGAGCCGACCUUCUCUUCCACCGAGUUUGCCAUUCAGUCUCUGCUCGAGUGCUUAAAGAACAAUGAGCUUGGGAAGGCGUUGAGACAGAUCAGAGAAUGCAGGAAACUGUGGCCCAAUGACAUAUUCGGAAGCAGCACAGACGAUGAGGUUCAGACACUGCUCAACAUCUAUUUCCGGCAUCAGACACUGGGGCAGACUGGAACCUUUGCCCUCGUAGGAUCCAAUCAGAACCUGACUGAUAUCUGCACCAAGCUCAUGGACCUCAACAUGGAGAUACGAGACAUGAUCCGCAGGGCUCAGAAUUACAGGGUGGUCUCAACGUUCCUUCCCAACUCCAGCGUUUCCGGCACUAAUCUCUGACAGGAGCCUGGCGGCUGUCCCUGCUCCCAACUUGGAAUUGUUGCCAUGUUGGUGUGAGAUCCUUCAGCAUCUACUCAACCUUCGGAAGACUCGGCCAAGCUGCAUCAUCCCUGAUAACUCUCUGACCUUCUAUAUUACGAAGCAGACAGAUGCCCACAUCUGUAGCAAUACUGUAAGUAAGAAGAUGUAGCAGUAAACCAAGGACAUCACUGGCGUUCUGUUGCACAGCUGCUGUUUCAUUGUUGCGCACUACUGAAGAAAGGACUUCCAUUGCAAACCAAAGCCUACGAUAAUGACUUCUUCUUCCUUACCUUUUACAUGUUCCUUUUAAAAAUGGCAAAAGUGCAAUGUCCCCUUCCCUAAUGAAUAUAUAAUAUAUAUAUUUUGUUGCUCUUAAAUACUUUUUUUUAUUGUUUUAAUCCAUCAACAGGCAGAAUGAGGCUGGCAGUGGCCGUGGCAGGGUAUUGGCCAACUGUGGGUCCAUAGCUGAGAGCCUGAUUGUAUGUAAAUGAUUACUGUAUCUAUGGCUGCUACGGGUCACAUUUCCUAGACUUGCUGGGGGGGGGGGCUCUUAGGAAAAGUGAUGUACCCCUCAAUGGCUUUUUAUUUUGUAUGUUUGGAGGAUUUGUUUUAGGACUAUUUUUAGGAUGAAAAAAGAAGGCGGAUGCGACUACCUUUGAGGAGGAGGAGGUAAAUGACUCGCUGUGUUGCAUUGGUCACGCAUGUACAUGCAGGUUCUUUUCUACGUGUAUUUGAUGAGAACUCUCAGUCUUAUGAAGCUUUUCUUUUUAACUGACUUUGCUUAAUUAUACGGGAAUAUCGGUGAUUAUGUACAGCCAUUCCCCCCCCCCUCCAAUGUUGCUGUUUCCCAUGUAUAAUGAAUUGCAUGUAAAUCUUUUUGCACAUCUGAGGCACUUUCAUACAUACGGAAGCCUUAUAAUUUAUUCACUGUGUACAUAUAUGGCUGCCGCUCUGCAACUUCAUGAAGUCUGUCGGUUUUGUUGCGUGCUGUCGCUGACAUUUAGUCACUUUAUAUGUCGGGGGACCUUUCCUAUGUGCCCGUAGAUUAUAAUGAUCUGAAUAAACAUGGGAAAACUUUCUACAUGGGUUUCGUUUCCCUGUCAGUGUGAAUGCUUUAAAGGGGAUGUAAACCCAACUGUAAUGCCCAUAACAGGGUUAUUCGCUGUGGGGGGGGGGCACAGUUACAUAGUCACAGAUCAAACGCUUGAUCACACUGGAUAUAAACAUGAGCAAAUGUGGAGGAAAAUAUUGAUUCAGGACUGCCCAAUUAGAGGGUAGGACUGAAAUUAACCAAACUUGUCUAAUACCAGAUCAAGGCCACCAUCAGUCUUUGACUGGCAAUCUGUGGGUUCUGGCAAAUGCCAGAGGGGCUGCUGUAAGAUGCCAUAGAAAGUGACUAUUUAGUGGGCUCUUUAGGCCUCUGUACUAGUCCAGACCUGGGUACCUUAGAUGUUACUGUACAAAAUCAUCCUAUUAAUGGGCAGAUGUGUAGUAUAUAUGGUAGCGGCCUGCUGGGUGCCCUCUGAUCUUGCACUGGCAUGUAGCCAAACACACACACACGUGUAACAUGCCAUUGAAUAAAGAGCAAGUGAGUCAGCUCUUUGGCAGUGACUUUUGUAGAUGUAAUGAUCCACAGCAGGGAAACAGUUAAAUGAUAUUUCCUAGCUAAGUACCAAUCUACUCUCUCCAUGCUGAUGGGCCAUGCUCCAGUACAUAACCUGCAGUGGGUGUGACCCAAUUAGAAAUCCAGAUUAGGAAAUAAUUUGCCAUUUUAUUAUAUCACCUAUUAUAUGCGCUGCUCUUCAACCAGGUCACAUUAUAGGAAACCUAACUCAUAGGGCAACUGUAUACAUGAACAGAACACUGAUAUAUGGAACCGGUUAUCCAGAAUGCUUGGGACCUGGGGUAUUUCAAAUAAGGGAUCUUAAAUGUAAUUUGGAUUGUUUUGCCUUUCAUAAGGAUUAAUUCAUAUUAUAAAAGAGAAAAAGGAAAAAAUGUGAAUUAUUUGUUUAGAAUGGAGUCUAUGGGAGAUGGCCUUCCCGUAAUUCAGAGGUUUCCGGAUAACGGACACCAUACAUACUCGUGUUUACACACUCUAGAAGGGGAGAGCUUUUAGUAAAAGUACAACAUGCUUUUCAGUGUCUGUAUAGAUCAGAUAUAAAAGUCAUUGUUUUAGGACAUUUCAUUUUUCAAAUGUUAGGAAACAAUGGAGAGCACUGACAACCCCCCCCCCCCCCCAUAUCACCCUAUGGGGGAAAAUGUCUGUACUUUUAAAUUGGAAGCAGUUGUAAAUAAAAGUUGUGUGAAUA